UGCAAUUGCACCCCAACCCAAUCAUUUGCGAUUGCAGAGUCUAUGAACUUUUGCAAAACCUUGACAUCGCCAGAGAAGGCGUCUUGUACGCAAAGACAGACUUUACGAAGCUUACGUGUCAUAGUCCCGAAGACCUGCGUGGAAAACGUCUAGUAGAUCUCAGUCCGUCACAAGCAUGGUGCCAGAACAGGGACCCUUACAGCUGCCCUUCCACCUGCACCUGCAUGGUCCAAGGAGAAGUGAACUCAACUGUGGCCCCCUGGAAUGAACGCGUGGAUUGCUCAAGGCGGUCCCUUUUGAUCGUUCCCACUGACGUUCCUAGUCUAACGACAAUCCUUCACCUGGAGGCAAACAGCAUUCGGUUGGUUUACCGAUCUGCCUUUGCGGAAGGUAUGAUUAUCAAAGUGUUGCACCUUAGCCACAACAACAUCACAAACGUUGAGUCAAUGGCAUUUAGUCAUCUUCCGUUUUUGGAAAUCCUCUACUUGGAUGCCAACAACAUAGAUGAUAUCGCAGGCAGUGAAUUUCUGGGUAUAGCAAAUCUGAAGGAACUGUACCUUAACAGAUCUAGGGUGAGGGCUAUUGGCAGGAAUGCAUUUAUUCACUUGCCAUCAUUGAAAGUAUUGCAUCUAGAAAACAACCUGUUGACAACAUUGACCAAGGACCAGUUUUCCACGUUAACUUACCUGCAACGUUUGGCACUGACUGGAAACAGCUUUAGAUGUGACUGUGACAUUCUGUGGUUGAAAUAUUGGAUGAAAAACAAAGAAUCAAUUAUGGUGGGACAGAACAUCAGUUGUACACACCUUCAGAGCCAAGUCAAGGAAACGAUCCAGACUCUUUUAGAGGACACUCUCGGUUGUAAUCUGGCUGAAGCGGCAAGAAAAAACAAAAUAACCAUAAGUUUGUCAGUCGUGGUUGUUCUUCUUUCUUUACUGAUAAUACUUGGUAUAUGGCUGUACAAAAGAAAGGAAGCUCUACAAGUUUAUCUCUAUUCCCGGUAUGGAUGGCGGUUCCGAGAAGAGCAGGAAGACAUGGCAAAACCUUACGAUGCCUUCCUGUCCUACAGCCAACAUGACCUGGACUUUAUCAUCCAUACUCUUCUGCCAGGCCUCGAGACGAGAACGCCCCCUUUCCGAGUGUGCCUCCACCACCGUGACUUUGUUCCGGGAAUUCUCAUAGCCGACAAUAUCUUAAACGCAGUUGAGGAGAGCAGGCGCACCAUCGUUGUGAUCUCCCGACACUUCUUGGAAAGCGAAUGGUGUCAGUUGGAAUUUCAAGCCGCGCAUGCGCAGGUGCUACAAGAUCGCGCCAACCGUUUGAUCAUGAUUCUUCUGGAGGACAUUCCUGUGGACGACGCCCCUCCGGAAAUCAGGCAUUACCUAAAGACAAACACGUAUCUGAAGUGGGGGGACGAACGGUUCUGGGAACGGCUGGUUUAUGUCAUGCCCAGACCGAGGCCACCUGAGCUACUCGUAGAAAAUAUGGAAGAACAACUAGAAAUGCACGAGGCAAAUGAACAGGAAAUGUAAAUGAGUUUUGGUUUUAAAGUAUCAACCGGUGAAUUCCAGAUUCUCGUUAAGUCACUGACGAGAGACAGCGGAUGCUAAUUUACAAAGGAUGUAAUAUAAAUAUAACAUAGGAAAUGCAUAUUGCAUUGGAAAUGUGAAUAUAAUGUGAUAUCAUGCAAGUAUCUUAUAGGGAACUACUUGGUCUCAUUUUCUAUAUUUUAUACUAUCGGUGUAAUAUGAUGUGAAGCUACAUGAAUAAGUAGAAACAAGAGCAUUAUCAAAUUGUUAAGGAAGCAAUGGCUUGGACUGUUUUGAUGCCACGAUUGUAA